AUGGACUUCUUGCGUCAGCUGGCCGCCGACCUGCACGCGCUGCGGGCGGAGGCCAAGCGCAAGUAUCCUGUGGUGAAGGAGGCUGUAGAUCGCGCGCUGGAGGCACUACCAGCUCUGCAGCAGCAGUACGCGGCGCUACUGCGUGUGGAGGGACGCGCACCCGGUCCGGGUCACAGCCUGUUCCAAAGCGAGAGCGUUCUGCGGCCCUUCCUGCUGGCCUGCAACCACACAAACGCGUCGCACAAGAUCCUGGUGCUAGCGCUGUCCAGUAUCCAGCGUCUCGUCAGCUGGGAUGCCAUCGAACCUGCCAGCGUCGGCAGCAUCCUGCGCGUCCUGCAGAUCCAGGCCGAGAAAAACACACACGCGGAUGUGCAGGUCAAGCUGCUACAGACGCUCUUGCAACUCAUGACGCUGGCGUAUGAAGAGAAGGCAAAGAAGCAACUCGUGGGCAAUGAGGAUAUGGUCAUGCAGGCCGUGUGGAUCUGUAUCCACCUGCACGCUUCGAGCAGCAGUGCCAGCUCCAUGGUGGGCAACACAGCGGCCAUGACGAUCCGGCAGUUGGUGUCGCUGGCAUUUGGGAAAGUGGAUUCCAGUCCAGAGGCCAAACACGUUGGGGUUUUAUUGUUCCAGGAGUUGUGCUUUAUGAGCCGAGAGGAGAACGGUAUGUGGCUGAAACGCACAACUGUGUCGCCCAUGAGUGCUGCUCUGGGCGUGGAGCUGCUGGAGACGGUGCUAGCGUCCCACUAUGGGUUGUUUCGCCUGGAUAUCGAGUUUAAGGCAGUGCUAAAGCAGCAAAUGACCCCGUUGGUGCAGUCAGUGUUGGAGAUGGGCUGCAACGACAAGCACGGCGGCUCUGUAGGCUCAGGGAUCAUGGGACCGACCAACUCGUCCAUCACCAGCAGCAACACGAACGGCGCUAUUGGUCCGUUCUUCCCGUUGCUAGUACGCGGCAUGCGACUGGCUAGCACACUGCUUUGCCACUUUGCGGACUGUCUGGAUAAAGAGUGCGCUCUGAUCUUGCACGCGCUGCUGGAGAUCAUCGCGACGGGGACCUACUCUACCCCGGAUGCGUCAAAAUCUCCGCCGACACCGUCGAAAUCCCCGGAUUCGAAAUUUCACGCUGCGAACGCAAUUGCAAAUUUUAAAGAAGCCAAGAAUUUCCUGACGCAUUCGAGCUCGACAAGCGCAAGUGCGUCCAAUCCAACCAGCGGGUCUGGAGGUGUGAAUUUCGUCACGUGGCCUGUGUUAUUGUCGCUGGAAGUGCUCAAUCGCGUGUGUCUAGAGCCCGACAUGGUGGCUGCUAUGGUGAGUUACCCGGAUGGCGUGUUGGUUGCCAUCACGCGCACGACGUCGUCGGUGAUCCUGACGUCACCGCCAUCGGAUUUCAGACCCCAAGGCCCCGACGGAGCCACGCCGCGCUCAGGACUUGAGCUGCUGAAUGAACAAGAGACGCCCGUGCUGCAGCAGUUUUUCAUGGCUGUCCGCGUGGCUGCUUCGUGCCAAUGCAACAUGGCUGCUUCUGUCUUUGAGCUGUCGAGAUCCACCGACAAUGAAGAGAUCUGCGAGAAGCUGGCCAAGGCUUGCGUUGCCGUGGUGGCGCCUGCUGUCAUUCAGUCGAUGAAUUGCGUGAUGCGGCACUGUCGCGAAGUGGAUCUGGUCACGAUGUCGCUCAAGUCGUACCACGUCUUGGCCACCGUGGCGUCGCGUCUUCGAGCGAAUAUGCAGAGCCAGAAGGCGAGAGAAACGUGGUGCAAGCAAAUGGACGAAGUGGUGCUGACUUGUCUACGUGCGCUCUGCGGGUUCUCAUUCCCGCUGCCAGACGGAAUCCGAGGCAACUCGAAGGGAUCGAUAUCCACCACGGGGUCUGGGAGCAGUGCGUCUGGGGAUUAUCCGGAUGAAGCAACGACGGACGACGGAGAAAGCUGUCUUGUGGUAAUCAGUUGGCGAGAAGUGCACGCGAUGAAGGCGCUUUUCGGUGCUGCACACGUCAUGGAGGAAGAACUGUCGCAGAGGGGGUGGUGUGUGCUGCUGGAAGGCUUCGAGAUAAUCGUGGGACUCACAGACCCCAAGCUGAAAAACGGCCAGCAGAAGCUCCCGACCAAAAAUUAUCGGAUCAGCGCCUUCCGGAUGGAAAAUGAAGACGUGGAGCAGCAGCUCGUGAUGCUCAGUAACUCGAUCGUGGAUUUCUUCCGUGAUGCGCUCACGCUGAGUAGUGUGGCGCUACGUAAACUGCUUGCUGCUGUUCGAAGAGUGUCGUGGGAACAAGUGGGUCUCCCCGUGCCUAACCGAGACGCAGACUCUACGCCUGACUCCACUGGCUCAGCUGACGAUUGGACGUUGGUGGACGAUGGAGACACGUCCAGUCCUGCCGGCAAUCACCACAUGAGGAUUUACCAGAGCUAUUUGGGUGUGGGGCUCACUGGAUCGGGCACCUUCAUGCCAUGUUUCGCGCUACGAAUGCUCACUCAGCUGGCGUCAAGCAGUAGACGGUGCUUCGAAGAGGUGAUGCGGGAACUCGUCCUCAUGAGCACGUUCGUGCCCCAGGCCCCACUCACGGCAGCGCAGUUCCCCCAACUGAACCAGUUCCAAGUCUUCACGACGGAGAGUAUCCUGCUACUCAUGCAGAACGCCCUGCAAAAUGUUGUCAACAGCUUGUCACCUACUGCGAAGCCCUCGGUGGAAGCUCUCGACGCCGCCAGACACGAGGAAGGUCCUGUGUCUCCGCACGUGUUCGAUCAGCAAGAAUUGUUUGUACCGCUGCUGAAGCUCGCGCGAUCAGAUAUGAGAGAUCGCACAUUGACCGGCAUGCUGGAAAUGCUCAACGCCUGUGGCCACCUGAUCAGCGCCGGAUGGCCGUUGAUACUGUCAGCAGUUCAGGAAGCGUGCGAGAUCGGAGACGGCAAGACGCAAGUGCUGGCUUUCAAGUGUUUGCGACUCAUUGUAGACGACCUGGUGGUGUCCAUACCGAGCAGUUAUCUUCCCGACUGCAUCAAGUGCAUUGGACGCUUUGGAAGCUACGCCAACGACGUCAACAUUAGUCUUACAGCGGUGAAUGAACUGUGGAGUGUGGCCGAUGUGAUUGGGAAGCAGAAGACGCCACAGGAGAGCGACCUUAGCAAGCGGAAGCAGGGUCAGUGGGGGUGCAUCUUCUCCGAGUUCAGCUCCGUGGCGUUGAAUGACCGCGCCGAAGUGCGGAACAGCGCCAUCAACACUCUGUUCGGCACUGCAGUGACGUACGGCGCUCAAUUCGAGCUGAACGAGUGGCAGCUGUUCAUCAACUCGACUGUAUUGCCACUAGCAGCCAAGCUGUGCGAGACUCAGAGACGGAGGAGCUCUCGUUCAUUGGAGAAGGAAACGCCCAAGAACUCGGCCAACUACAUGCUGCACCACUCACGCGAUAACGCUGAAAAGCAGUGGAAUGAGUCGCGAGUUCUCAUGUUGACGGGAAUCAGUCGCGUGCUGGAGACCAACUGGCAUUAUCUGCUACAACACACGUCGUGGUUCGCUUCGAUUUGGCGCGAGUUGCUGCAGCACGUAGCACUGAAUACUGCGUUUGGGAUGCCCAAGGAGGUGGUGCUGGCUGCUGUCAAGACGCUGCAAACGCUGCUUCAAGUGUCUUCAGCCGGGGACUUUGACCACAUCGCACAGUCGCAACCUGUUCGUGCAGGUGUUGGGAUGAGGGUAGUGGGAGGAGCUCUCGUACGGGCGGCGUCUGCCCCGGUGUAUCGAGAUCCUGCGCUGUGGGAGGAAGCAUUCAGCCAGCUACUGCGUCUGUGCGACGAGAGGCAGGUUGCAGCGGAGAAGGACGAUCACCCAGCGCUUCCCUGGAAGGAAGACGAGGAACAGGAGAUCGCCAGUGCUGUGGUGUCGGUGCUGGUGGCUUUGUAUAUCCAGGCGAAAGAGUACGAGUUCAAGGACGUGAGGAAUGUGGAGAAGAUGCUGGAUCUGUUCGCGUUGCUGGUUUCUCGUCACGUGCUUGGCUCGCCUGCUGUUGGCAAGGGAGCGGUGACCAAGGCGAUCACGAAUAUCACAACGAACAGCUUGCAGUCGCGUGUUUUAAACGCGUUCGAAGAGUGCGGCUCGUUCGUGUCCCACCCAGAGGUGCACGCAAAAAUGCUGGACCAACUUGUAGGCUACGUGACCCACGUCUCGAAGGAGGCGCGGGAGAAGCGAUUCUUGUCGGUUCUCUUCUGUAUCCAGCCCUUCUUGAAGUUCGAUGGCGGUGUUACCACGCCCGAAUGUAGCUCUGAGAAGCCGAUGACUGCGGCUCAGAAGGCAGCGACGCAGCUGUGGAAACAUGCGCUGCGGGUGCUGCUGGUUGUGAUCUCCAGUGGACUGGUGGCUGUGCGACUGGCUGAAGCGUGUUGGAGGCCGUUGCUGGAGACGAUCGCGGGCUUUGUGCAGCCAAAUGGAGGCAAGUUCCCGUCGUGCGUGCAGUCCGAGGAGGACGAAGUGUUGGUGCUGAGUGUGCUGGAGUGUGUGGUGGACAGCACGAUCGCAUUGCUCAGUGACGGCAGCGACCUCAAGUCUCAUGUCGGACAGCAGUACCAAGCGUUCAUUGGGGACCUGAUCGCACUGCUGUGCUCGGGCGUGGACGCCGUGGAGCACAACAAGGGGAUGAUACGGUGCUGCGUGCGUCAGUUGACCACCAUGUGCAUUCAGAUGGCAGACGAAGAGCUGGCGGCGUUCGCGCGGGCUCGAUUGGUGGCGUGCUGCAACACGGCAUUAGAGCGAUUCGCUGAAUUAGAUCCAAGAGUGGUGGUGCUGCUGACCAGCGCACUGGAGGUGGACAUGCAGCCGCGCAGUAUUAUGGAGAUGUAUCCGGCACUGUGCGGCUGCAUCUCGUCGUCCAAUUUGGAAGUGCGACAACUCGUACAGCGAUUGCUGCUGAGCGGAAGGCUGGCCGAAUUCUGCUUAGAGCUCAUGGAUGCGUGGGGGCGUCAGUCUCGUUAG